AUGUCGGCGGAUAGUCGCAGCCCGCAAACACGCCCACACUCCGAUAACAGACCGUCUAAGCCGUCGCUUGUGUCGUCUGGGAAGAGGUCUUAUUCAACAUAUUUGAGUGACAUCGACCGCAAGUUCAAGCAGCUCACCCGGGACGUCCUGCCUGCCCACCCAUACAUCUUGUCCGUGCCAACAGAGAAGCCAUACCGGCUGGGAUCGCGCUUUGUGAGCAACUGGGCUGUAGGAGAGAAUACCUUGUUCUCUCCCGAAGAAGAACAGCUGCAGUAUAUGACCUUUCUCCCGCACCAGGGAGAAGACACGCUGCUCGUCUCGGUUGGAGGCUGGUCGGAUGACAAGGGGAAUAUAGUCCCAGAAGAGGACCAGAGACCCUCAAGUGCCGUUAGCAUGGCGGCGCCACUUACUACCGCCUCGCAGCAGGACGCCCUGGCUAAGAGGAAGAAGAAAAUCACCCUGAGUGAUUACAAGAAGAAGGCCCUGGAGACUCCUCCACCGUCAACACCGCUGCCUGGUGCAGCGGAACUAUCGACCAACGGGGCCAAUGGAACGGCCAGCAAUCGGCCUGGGAGUGUAGACUCCGAAAAGGCGUUGCGCAGACCGCAGUCGAAUAGCUCCAAGCCGGACGCCAAACAUCACCAUCAUCACCACCAUCACCAACAUCAUCACCAUCACCCUUCGCAGGCCACGGCCCCUGCUACCUCUUCAACUUCCGCCCCUGACAGCCGGACUGGCGGCAGGAGCAAUGAUACCAAGCAGAACGGGCUAGAUAACCCCUCGCUACCAGCCAGUACUAGCCGGCUAGAUAAGAGUACCAAGCUUCCAUCGUCGUCAAAACCCAGCUUGCCAAAGGAAUCUCCGCCGCGCAAGAAACUACGGCUCUCCGCUCAGCCGGAAGAGAGGGAGAAAGAGAAAACGCCUACAAAAAAGACAGGAAGGGCCCAUCAGAUGGUGCCGGAACUGCUUUCCCCUACGCUCCCAUUCGACAAUGAGAGCUUCAGCCUCUCCCUGCCGCCUCUGCUAUCCCCGACCCUCCCGCCAGAUAUAGAGGAAGAACUGGCCAGACUGCCUGAUGACGGACUAGAAAAGACCUCCCGCUCUCACUCUAGUUCUAUCUCCAGCAUAUCCAACAAGAUUGUGCCCAGCAAACCAAAGUCGGGCUCAACCUCAUCAUCAACCAAACAGCCCCAGCAAUCUUCCAUGGCCGCCGAGAAGAGACCAGCCAGUAUAUCAUCGGCUAGCGCGAAUCUCCCACCAAAACCAUUAACAACCUCCUCGAAGACAACUGCUUCUCAACCACCUCCCCGAAUCACAACAACAGCUCCAAAGGAGAGGCUGAUCGUCAAGCUAAGGUAUGGCCGGCAGAACAGGAAACGAAUCGAGGCGCUUUUAAAAAUAUCAUCCAAGCGGAAACCUACGCCUACUACUACACAGAGCUCCGGAAAACCAAAGGGCCUACCAGAUUCUAUUGUCAUAUCCAGGAGUUCUCCGUCAAAUUCAUCACCUCAACCUGGAAGUGCCCCUUCCGCGGGAAGACAGCGUGAGCCCAGUUCAGGGUAUAAGCGACCAAAAGCAAUGGACGGGGAUGAUGUCCAAGAGCCAGCUUUGAAACGGCCACGGAGUUCCAACACGCUUGCACCACCCCUCGCCGAUCAAGCUCCGACACCUAGCAUGCAGACUCCUAGAUCAACUUCAGCCACUAAACACCCACCUUCAUCCUCGCAGGACCAAUUUCUCACACCUAAAAAGGAACCCAAGGGUACUGCAAUGCGCCGUGUAGGGUCCGGGGACAGUGACAUGAAGACUCCAAGCGGCAGCGCAACAAGCGUGAAGAUGACACAGUCUCUUUCUGUGGAAAGUCAUCCAUCUUCCAGUGCACAACCGUCAGAGCGUCGCGGUUGGCGUGACGAAUAUCAGAGAUUUGUCAAUCUUGGCCGUGAUCUUAAGCAUGCCUCACAGCGCAACUCGACCCACAAAUACAGCACCAGCCAUGAUAUCCAGGACGAUAAGCUAAGCGCCACAAUCGCAGUCGAGGCUUUACUCUGCUUUAUCCUAGCCUUCAUCGCCGAACAACGCUUCCAAUCUCUCAGUCGGCAAGUCGGCAACUCCACCGGCUGGCGCUCCAUCAUAGCAUACUGGCAAGCGAUCCUCAGCCGAACAACCUCUUACCCACACCUUCAUGGUCUCUGUCUCCUCCUUGGUGCCGUCUGCCAUGACUCAAUCCAUUCUCUCGACCUAGAACGAUUAGCUACCACCCCCUUUCCCGAUGAACAUAGUCCUGCCCCAACCCCUGGCAGCGACGGCAACACCGUAACCAGCGAAGAAACCAAGAAGCAGCGCCGAGAGUUUGCAGAGCUGAGAACUAGGCUGCCCGAAUCGUACAAGGUUGCUCGUCGUCUAUGGCUUGAAGGAUCCCGCGAGCUAUCUGAUUCCGUCCUCGCACAGCAUUACCCCGGCACUUGGUCGAAACGGCUUAAAAGCUCCGCCGAUCGAGGAAGAGAACAGCUUAAACUAGGCGAGUAUGGAGGCGACUUUUACCUCCCGCUGGGCACCGCAUCGACGCCCCUUGAAGCCGUCCGGUUCGGCUGGGCUUUUCUGAACGAGUGGAGUGAGAGAGAAGGAGUCAAAUGGAAGGGUAGAUUGGGCCUAUAG